AUGCCUCCCUCUUGUUAUACUUGCCGCAGGAGGCGCGUUGAAUGUGACAUGUCUCAGCCGCCUUGCGGCAAAUGCACAAAAGCUGGGCUAGAGUGUUUUCAGAAGAGACCUCUCAGAUGGGUCGAGGGGGCAGCCUUUCGCGGCAAGCCAAAAUCUAUAUCCGCCAGGAUAAAUUUGGUUUCUUCUACGGUAGACGAGUCACCGUUGACCAUCAGCGAGGGCAUUUCCAUUGGGACAUCGAAUCGAGCAUAUGCCACAUGGAUUGACAAUUCCGAUGGUAAUGUUGACUCUCCAAAGUGGCUAUCCCGUGGAGCUUCAAUGGGAAUGCUAAGGGAAUGUCAUGGUGCAGGUCCCUUGGAUAUUCUCAGCAUACCGCCCGGUCUGGAUGAUCCCUCAAUCAUCAGCCUGGACAAAACCUCUCGAUACUAUUUGUAUUACUAUAGCAAGUGCUUGUGCAAGCUGUUCAUCAUGUAUGAUACCAACAAAAAUCCCUUGAGGAACCUAAUACCAGCUGCCUUGGAGGAGCCAGUUCUACUGAUGUCCAUCGUUGCUCUUUCGGCACAACACAUGGCAAACACCACCCGACGGUUCUAUAGCUCCGAAGGGGAAUGUUAUGGGGUGGAGUCUGUCGACGCAUCCCAUAGUGCCCUUCUCUACAAGUACCGCGCCAUACAAGGACUCUCUCGCGCAGUGAAUGAUGCGAGGUCAUACCGGCGAGAUUUCACAAUUGCGAGCGCAUUCCUUCUGAUCUUCCUGGAUCUCUUGGAAUCCGGAAAUGAUAACUGGAAUUUCCAUCUCGAAGGCAUCAAAAAAUUGAUUAACUGCAUCUCCCACACCGAUGGAUCUCAGACCACAGCCCAGCAAGGCUUGGGAGCUACUAUCCAAGGCUUGCGUGAUUUUAUUGUCAGGCAGAUUUAUCUAAUCGAUACCCUUGGAGCAACCUGCACGCGUCCGAGGCUAUUAUCCAGGUCUACAUUGUCGCGGUCAAUCACGUCUCUCCAGAUGAGUGUCGACAAGGCGUAUCUCGGAUGCCCUGAUGACUUGUUGGACGCCCUCCGUUCAUUCUCAAUCUCCAGGGACGCUAUGACAAGUCCGGAGCACCUUGAGGAUGCCGAAGUGUAUUCCCGCAUUCAAAGAGUAGUGACUGUGCUCGGCUCUACGCGGAGCUUUGAUUGCAAUGCCUGGGCAGCCGGUUUAUCUCAUCCUGAUCCCUCGUCAAUACCAUCUACGAUGCUUGGCAAGUUGGCGCAGUCAUACAAACUCGGGACUCUGAUUUAUGGCACACGAGUACUUGAUGCUCUAACCGGAAGUAACACGUCCCUAAGUAAUUCGCUUGGGGAAUUGAUCGAUACUAUUGAUGCAUUGAAGAGCGACGAAGCACUGUUCAAAUGUAUACUUUGGCCCAUGUUUGUUGCAGGCCUGGAGUCCCGGGAGGGGGCACAGCGACAAUAUGUGAUUGAAUGCCUUGAGAAGUUCUGGUUUGAGACAAAGUGCAUCAAUGUGGUCAAUGCGGCGAAUCUUCUUCGGCACUUCUGGAAGCAGGAGGAAUGCAGCACGAUGUGCUCGCAGUGGAUCUUCAAUAUCGGCCAGAUGGAGGGAGAUUGGCUUCUAAUAUGA